AUGGCCUCUCCAAUUCCUCGCGGUCUCCGCCAAGUUCUCCAAAAAUCUCCAAAUGACAUUGUCAUUCUCUCCUCUCUCCGCACACCAGUGACUCGCGCGAAGAAGGGUGGUUUCAAGGAUGCCUACCCAGAGGAGCUACUCGCCAGUGUGCUCCAAGCCACAUUGAAGGCCAACCCCAACCUGGACCCUGCCCAGAUCGACGAUGUCCUCAUCGGUUCCGUCCUCCAAGAGCUCGGUGGUGCCAAAGCAGGUCGCAUGGGCCAGAUCCACGCCGGAUUCCCUCACUCCGUCCCCUUCAACACCAUCAACCGUCAAUGCUCGUCUGGUCUGGCCGCUAUCACAACCGUCGCCAACGGAAUCCGCGCAGGCGCAAUCAACGUCGGUGUCGGUGGUGGUAUGGAGUCUAUGACCCGCAACUACGGCUCUCGCGCUAUCCCCACAGUCCUCUGGCCCGAGCUGAAGGAGUCUUACUCUAAGGAUGCUCGUGAUUGCAUUAUGCCCAUGGGUAUCACAUCUGAGAAUGUGGCUUCUCGCUACGGUGUCUCCCGCGCAGACCAGGACGCCUUCGCCGUCGAGUCCCACGCCAAGGCCUCUGCUGCGCAGAAGGCCGGCCGCUUCGACUCUGAGAUCAUCUCCGUCAACACUAAGACUCUCGACCCUGAGAACCCCGAUGCCCCCGCCAAGGACGUGACCGUCUCCAAGGACGACGGUAUCCGCCACGGUCUCACCAUCGAGAAGGUCGGUGCUCUCAAGCCCGCUUUCUCCGCUGACGGUGCCAGCACCGCCGGUAACAGCUCCCAGGUCAGUGACGGUGCUGCCGCUGCCCUGCUCAUGCGCCGUUCCACUGCCGAGGAGCUCGGUCUGUCCGGCUCCAUCAAGGCCCGCUGGGUCGCAUCUGCCGUUGCAGGCUGCGCCCCCGAUGAGAUGGGUGUCGGUCCUGCCGUUGCCAUCCCCAAGCUGCUGCAGGCUGUUGAUGUCAAGGUUCCCGAGGUCGGUGUUUGGGAGAUCAACGAGGCUUUCGCUUCCCAGGCUCUGUACAGUAUUCGCAAGCUUGGCAUUGACCAGGCUAAGGUUAACCCCAACGGUGGUGCUAUUGCUAUUGGUCACCCGCUUGGUGCUACUGGUGCUCGCCAACUGGCUACUUUGCUUCCCGAGAUGGAGCGCAGUGGCCAGGAGGUCGGUGUUAUCAGUAUGUGCAUCGGUACCGGUAUGGGCAUGGCUGGCAUGUUCGUUCGGGAGUAA